AUGCACUGGGGGGUUGGCUUUGCCUCGUCCAGGCCGUGCGUGGUGGAUCUGAGCUGGAACCAGAGCGUCUCCUUCUUCGGCUGGUGGGCCGGGUCCGAGGAGCCCUUCUCCUUUUAUGGGGACAUCAUCGCUUUCCCUUUGCAGGAUUACGGUGGGAUCAUGGCAGGGCUGGGCUCCGAUCCCUGGUGGAAGAAAACCCUUUACUUGACCGGGGGAGCUUUGCUGGCCGCAGCUGCGUAUCUGCUCCACGAACUCCUGGUCAUUAGGAAACAGCAAGAGAUUGACUCCAAAGAUGCUAUUAUUUUGCAUCAGUUUGCAAGACCUAACAAUGGUGUCCCCAGUUUAUCUCCUUUCUGUUUGAAAAUGGAAACUUAUUUAAGGAUGGCUGACUUACCCUAUCAGAAUUAUUUUGGUGGAAAACUCUCUGCUCAAGGGAAAAUGCCUUGGAUUGAAUAUAAUCAUGAAAAAGUUUCCGGGACAGAAUUCAUAAUUGACUUUCUGGAAGAGAAACUUGGAGUGAAUUUAAACAAAAACCUUGGUCCUCAUGAAAGAGCCAUCUCCAGGGCAGUGACUAAGAUGGUGGAGGAGCAUUUCUACUGGACCUUAGCUUAUUGCCAGUGGGUGGACAAUCUCAAUGAGACCCGGAAGAUGCUCUCUCUUAGUGGUGGCGGUCCCUUCAGUAACCUGCUGAGGUGGGUCGUGUGCCACAUAACGAAAGGAAUCGUGAAGCGCGAGAUGCACGGCCACGGCAUUGGCCGCUUCUCCGAGGAGGAGAUUUACAUGCUGAUGGAGAAGGACAUGCGGUCUUUAGCAGGGCUUCUGGGUGACAAGAAGUACAUCAUGGGGCCCAAGCUCUCCACCCUCGAUGCUACUGUCUUUGGACACUUGGCCCAGGCGAUGUGGACCUUACCUGGGACGAGACCUGAACGGCUGAUUAAAGGUGAGCUGAUCAAUCUCGCUAUGUACUGUGAGAGGAUAAGGAGAAAAUUCUGGCCUGAGUGGCACCAUGAUGAUGACAACACCAUCUAUGAGUCCGAGGAGAGCAGUGACGGCAGCAAAACACAUACGCCCCUGCUGGACUUCAGCUUUUACUCAAGGACAGAGACCUUUGAAGACGAGGGAGCAGAGAACAGUUUUUCCAGAACCCCAGACACAGAUUUCACCGGACACUCGCUCUUUGACUCUGAUGUGGACAUGGAUGACUACACAGACCAUGAACAGUGCAAGUGACGGCCAGCCUCGCUGACCCUCCUGUUGGAGCUGCCACUCCCUGGGGCCAGUCCAGUUUCCCAGGCAGAAAUCCAUCGAGCUGGGAGGAGAUCUUCGUGCUUGGCACAGUUCUCACAAGCUAACUGGAGUAGAGCAGCCUUAUUUCUUUUUUGUACAAACAAGACUCAGAACCAUUCCUAUGGCUCCAUUUAAAGCAAAGAGGCAAAAAAAUUAAAAAGUCAGCAUGGUUCCUGAAAUCCAUUUUUGUUUUCAUUAGAAAACUAACAUUGUGUGGUAGAGCAGUGCAAGAGCGGGUUGUCCACAGACUGCUUAUACCUUGAUCCCCUGCAACCUGAGGGCUUAGGUGUGAGUUGGAUCCUUGAACAUCCUUCAUCCAGUAGGAUUCAAAGUCAUGAGUGAUGUCAUCAGAAGGAAUGCAGGAGAUAAAUGUUCUUUGGUGGCCACUUGUAUUUUCUGUGUGUAUAUUGUAUGUUGAAAUAUAAGUCAAAUAAAAUCCAUAGAUAUUCAGUGAACACCUACUAUGUGCAAAGCACUGUGCUAGGUGCUAGCCAGUAUUGGUUUUAUCCUAAGCCCUGCCAGUGACUAGCUGUGUGAUUCUGGGCAAGUCCCUUAAUUCUUGUGUGCCUCAUUUCCCCCACCUGUAAAGUGGGGGUGACAAUAGUCUCCACCUACCUACCUCACAGGGGUGUUGUGAGGAUUCAUGUGGUAACAUUUGGCGCUUUAAACCUCUAGGAAG